ACGUCACUUGUCAACAUGGCGGACUGGAAUAGAGGACAUGAUUCUGUGGAUGACAUGCUGGAUGCUGAAAACAAAAGACUAGCAGAAAACUUGGCCUCCAAAGUCUCCAGACUGAAAUCUCUUGCAUAUGACAUUGACAGAGAGGUGGAUGAUCAGAAUGAAUAUCUGGAUGGCAUGGACUCAAACUUCUUGAGUGCAACAGGUCUGCUCAGCGGCAGUGUGAAGCGUUUCUCCACCAUGGUCCGAUCUGGCAGGGACAACCGCCGAAUCCUCUGCUAUGUCUCUGUGGGCCUGGUCGUGGUCUUCUUCCUGCUCUACUACAUGGUCUCCAGGAUUCAACGCUGACAGGGGACCAAAGAAGAAGAAACAACUCUGUGGUUUCCCUACAGAGAAGACUUUGUUAUUCUGAACCAAAGUGAGAACUCAAACUGGAAGUAGAUGGAAAACAUUUUGUUGAAUUCUUGAACCAGCCAGCAGGGGGUGUUGUUUAGCUAAACAGCAAAACAGUAGCUGGUGAUGUUUUACCAAAGGAGCUGGUGUUUAUAGAAAUCCUUGCUUUGGAUUUGAGGCGCGUCAGUUUAGCACCAGCUUUGUCACUUCCUGGUGCGGCCUGGAGUAACAUGGACAUAAGGAAAGUUGAGCCUGACUGACUAUUGGAGGGGAGUGGCACCAUCCACAGCUGAGUUUAAUAGGCUGCCAGACCCCUCAGUCAAGAACAGCCUGCCCCACAAUAUGUGAUUACAGCAAAGCCAAAUGGAUUUUAGAAAGCCAACACAGCAAAAUAAAUACAAAAACAUAAGAUGCCAUUUUGCAUAUCAGAAUUCCAGCCACAUUCAGAGAGUGUUAGAGACACCAAUUCAGUUUGAUUUGAUCAGAUGCACCUCAGCCAGGAUUUUCUGGCUAUUCAAAUUAGAUUUCAAAGUCUUUUGGAUCUCAACAGCUUCAGAUCUAGACACAUUAGAGCCAUGUUUCUUGUGCACACAGUUACUGAUACCAAUGACAUUUCUACAAAACCCCAUGCAGAAAGCCUGGAGAUUUCUGAACAUACAAAUCCAAACAGUUUACUGCUGAUAAUAACAUGACACAAUCUAUUAAAAAGCGCCCACAAAGGGAAACAAGUCACAUUUUCCCAGAGCCUUGGCAAAGCUAGAGUAGUUGUGUUUCAGUUCCAGUCUUUAGCAAAAUAUAAAACAUUAAAAAUUAAGUAAACACAUUGAUCGCUUUAUUAGGUACAUCUAUUUAAAUCCUCACUAGCACAAAUAUCCGAUCAGCCAUUCUCAUGACAGCAACCAAUCCAUUUAGGCAUGUAGAUGUGGUCAAGAUGAGGCGCUGAAGUUCAAACUGAGCAUCAGAAUGAGGGACAAAGAUGACUUUGAACAAUGCCAUGGUUGUUGGUGCCAGACAGGCUGGUCUGGAACUGCUGAUCUAGCAGGAUCACACAUAAACACCUCUAGGGUUUCCAGAGAAUGGUGAGAGAAAAAGAAAAUAUCAUCUGAGCGGCAGAUCCCUGGGCCAAAAUGACUUGUUGAUGUCAGAGUUACAGUUAGAGGAGAAUGACCAGACUGGGUUGAAUUUAUACAGAGGCAACAAUAACUCAGUUAGCCACAGCUGAGGUUUAAAGAUCUUUCAAUGCACAACAAAGAUGGGUUACAGUAGCAGAAGACCACACUGCUCCUCCUGCCAGCUCAGUGCAGGAAACUGGGGCUGAAUUUCACACAGACUCACCUAAAUGGAUGAUAGAAGUUUAUAAAACCUUGCCUGGUCUGAUGAGUUUUGAUUCCUGCUGCAGCAUAAGCAUAAAUGACACGAAGGCCUGCAUGACUACCAGCAACCAUGGCAUGUUCAAAGUCCCUUAAAUCAUCUUUUUUCUCUAUUUUGAUGCUCAGAUUGACCUUCAUCACAUAGUUUUGACCAUGUCUGCAUACCUAAAUGCAUUCAUUACCACCAUCUGGUUGCCUGGUAAGAUGUUUGCGGAAAUGUGCCGAUGAACAGGUAUGAUUUGUGACAAAAUUUUAGCUUGUGACAUUUCAAAGUGUAGAAAAAUAUCACCAAGUUGGAUUUUCAACUAUUUUCAGUUGUAAUGUUUAAGUGAUUUCAAUCAAGUAAAGGUCUUUUCCCUGCAUUUUAUUGACAGACAAGUAGGGGUAUUUUGCUACUGUGACGUUUCGACUGCUAACUUCCUGCAGUCUUCCUCAGUUAGCAGUCGAAACAUUUCAAGGUAAAAAAAAAAAAAAAAAGCUGUUUGUCAAUAAGAGAACACAGGGAGUAAAUGUAUAGUGUGUGAAGACGGUAUGAACAUUUUUCAUACCUUUUAAAGUCUUCUGUUUUCCCCUGUGUUACAGCAGUGAAAUCUCAGUAUGUUUUUGGACUUACCUUGUUUCCUUUUAUCAUUUAAUAAUACAUUUUCGCACUGUUCUGUUUAAAAUGAUCAGAGACAUUUUGAUUUUAAAAAAAGCAUUUUAUUUAAGAGUGUUCAGGAAACUUUCUGCCUAUGUGUACAUUCCAUCUGUGUGGACUGACAAAUACCCACAGACUAUACUAGUAUGUUAUUAUUGUAAAUAAAAUGAAAGGUUUUAAGUGUAGAACUUGUGGGGAUGAUUGCUCCCUGUUGGGGGUAGAUCGCUUUAGUUUUGAGAAUGGUUAAAGGCUUGAGUUUAUUAUAUAGUUUAAAAAGAGGAUAUUUCUAUUUUCAUAAUCAAAGAAAUUAACUCUUUGAAAUGAAAAGAUAUUCUUUGAUAAUCAAAUGAAAAUAAAUGAUUAAAUUCUAAAAACAAGCCCCUGUUGUGACAUUCUGUCUUAAAAAAGCUGAAUAUUUUGUUUGAAUUGAAAACUUAUUUGGUUGCAUCUUAAGAGGAAUCAACCGGUCAGGUCAAGGUUUUUUGUUAUAGGCUGUUGUUAACUUUUCACGGGCGGGUACACUUUCCAUGUCAGAUGGUACAACACUGUAAAACUGCUAAAAAUGUGUUUAACAUCAAACUCUUGAUUCUAUUUUAAAAAUCUAUGUGUAAACUUUAUAAAAAGAACAAAAUCAGCAACAUGUGUCAAAGUAUUUGCCUGUUUAUUUGAAAUUAAUUGCAAACAUCAGGUGGCACAACCAGUGUUUCAGGUGGCAAAACUGCAAAAGUGUUGUUAUAUUAGACAAAUAUUAUUAUAUUAUGUCAUAUUAUAUUAUUAUUUAAAGCUAAAAGUAUUUACUUAACUUCUAGUUAUAUAAAUUACAUAUCACAUAUUCAGAAAUGUAUUAAUUACAGUUUUGCUAAGGUGAGGGGGUAAACAUUACAUAUCAGGUGGUACAACCAAAGCGAAACAGCUAAAUUGUAUUUCACCCUAAUUUUAUUUUGAAAUAUGUGUAUCAUAUCCCUAACAAGAAUAAAAGUCACAACAUUU